GAACCAGCAUGGCUGCGCCCACAGCCACACAGCCGCGGCUGCCGCACGCCGCCCCGCCGCUCCUGCUCCUGCUCACCGCUCUGGCCACCAGCCUCGCCUGCCAACACCUCUGGACGCACGACGACACCUUCCCCGGCGACGCGCUCCGCCUCCUCCAGGACACGGCUCCCAGCCACACACAGCCCUGCCACCUCCAAGAGCCGCCCUUCUUCCCCGACACCCUCCUCCACGACAACCUCCACCCGCACCAAGCCGCCGCCACCGCCCUACGCAUCCUCCAGCACCUCUUCCACACCCUCAGCUCCAACAGCACCCGCCAGCACUGGCCCAGCCACGCUCGCAACCAACUCCUCAACAAACUGCAGCACCACAUCCACCACCUCGAGCAAUGCCUCCCCGACAACGCCCUGCUCUUCAAAGGACCGCGCAACCCGCUGCUCGCCAUCAACAAGUACUUCAGGGACAUCCACCUCUUCCUCCUCGCCCACAACCACAGCGCCUGCGCCUGGGACCACGUCCGCCUCGAAGCUCGUGCCUCUCUACGACACCUCCACAACCUCACACGCACCAUGCGCCGCUAGCGCAAACACCCACGCUCCAACCCACGCCUACCGCCCAAACCCACCUCCAACCCCACGCCUCCUCUCACCUGGCACCGCAGACAGGGCUGCAACAACCGCUCCGCACCCGCAGCCUUCAACCCCCGCGUCUCCAUUUUCGUUCAGCCUCUCCCAUUGAUGUGGACAAAGGACCUUCCCCACUUCUGUAUAGACUUAUUUAUUUAUUUAUUUAUUUAUUUAUCUAGCUAUUUAUUGGCGUAUUUAUUUUUCUACUUAUUCACUUGUUUACGACACUGAAAAUAAAGACCUAUGACAAAACACUUGCCACUGCCUCUCCUCUCUCUAGCACUGCAACCAGCCUUUGGGCCAGGCAAAAGCCAGCCUCACCCAACACCUACUCCAAGACUCCCUCCAAACAGCCCCUGCCCACUCUUCUCAAUGGCGCCUGACCAAGCAAGAUCCUGCAGCACAGCCUUUGCAAAAACACUGCCAGCC